UUGUAGUAGGUAGCGAUAUGGCCACUGGAGGGCGCAGCUGAGACGCGCGUUCAACAGGAAAUGUCCUCGCAAAACAAAGCUGGGUAAUGAUCGGCACGCACAGCAGUGUUGGAUACAGAAUCAGAUUCAGUGCAAGCCCUCUGCUACAGCACAUUUACAGCGAGCUGGUAGCGCGCGCUACCCGCGCUUCUUCCUACUAUGUUUUCCAAAAACUCUCAAACCGGAUACAGUGUUGCCCGAUAUUUCUUGCUUUGGUCGCUUAUGCCCCUCAUCACUGCAAAGGGAAAUGACAUGGAGAGUCCAAGAAAGUCGGCUGGCAGCGCUGACAGCUCUGGUGGCAGAAUGAGCCUGCUAAUGCCCUAAUUGAGCUGAGCGCUCAGGGUUAGAACAGCGUCAACUCCGGGCACCGAAACCACACAAUUCACAGGAACUAAUGACAUGAUCCAUAACGCUGACAAACCACCCUCUGAGACUCAACUCGACUUGAGAGAAGUGGUGUUUGUCAUCCAGAGCCAGAGGAACUCUUUCCAUGUGCAGCAGGCGGAGAAACUCAGAAAAGACCUUCUACUGCAAGCACAAGCUCUUCAAGAGAGUCCCCCUGUCAUCCUGCUCCUGCACACGCUGACAGACAAUGAGGGAGACUGGAGCAUUCUCCCACUACUGCCUUACUUGUCAUCACAGUUUGGCAAGAACUCGUCUUGGAUCAUGUUUCUAGAGGAGGACACCAGAGUGAAACUGCAUAAACUCCAUGAAGUCCUCAAAAAAUUUAACUGCAGACAAGAGUGGUUUCUUGGCAAGCCUCUGCAUGAUGAAGAGUCCACCAUCAUCCAUCAUUAUGCUUUCUCUGAGAACCCUGCGGCUUUUGAGUACCCAGACUUCUCUGCAGGAUGGGCGCUUAGCAUCUCUCUGGUCAACAGUUUGACAAGCAAAAUAGAAGAGGAGCCAUUAAAAUCGGACUUCACCAUAGAUCUGAAACAUGAGGUUGCACUAUACAUUUGGGAGGAUGGAAAGGGACCCCGACUGACGGGGGUUCCAGAGCUUUGCACGCUACCAGAGCACAAGCCAAGAGCUCAAUACUGUGCCACCACUGUCAGCAGCCAUUCACCAGUGUGUGGCCAGCCUGUUAAGAGCGACAACAUCUUCGUAGCGGUGAAAACUUGUAAGAAGUUCCAUUCCGACAGAGUUCCUGUGGUGAAGAAAACAUGGGCUAAACAAGCAUCUCUGCUGGAGUAUUACAGUGAUUAUGCUGAUCCCACUAUACCCACCAUUAAUCUGGGAGUGCCAAACACAGAACGGGGUCACUGUGGGAAAACAUUCGCCAUCUUGAGGAGAUAUUUGAGCAGUCACGUGCCCAAGACCGAUUGGCUGUUGAUUGUGGAUGAUGAUACUCUUAUAAGCUUGCCCAGACUGCAGGCCUUGCUGAGCUGCUAUGACUCCAGUGAGCCAGUGUGUCUGGGAGAGCGUUAUGGGUAUGGACUGGGUCAGGGAGGAUACAGUUACAUCACUGGUGGUGGGGGGAUGGUGUUCAGUCGAGAGGCUGUGGUCCAGCUGUUGGCGAGCGGAUGUAAGUGCUACACUAAUGAUGCUCCUGAUGACAUGGUUUUGGGAAUGUGUCUCAAUGCUCUACGAGUUCCUGUCACACACAGUCCCCUCUUCCAUCAGGCUCGUCCCGAAGAUUACGCAAAGGAGUUUUUGGCCCACCAGACCCCCAUUUCCUUUCACAAACACUGGAACAUAGACCCUAUUGCGGUGUUUAACAAGUGGUUGCUGAACGACAAACACACAGAAGCACUACAGAAAAGCACUAAGGAGGAAUUAUAGUGCCUGUGUUUGUGUGUACACAUGUGUGAGAGUAGUAAUGUGUGUAUGUCUGCUCUGUGUCAUUAUGUGGCAUUCAUUCUUGUGUGUUUUCUAUAUUGUGAAUCUUGCACAAACAUGAAUGAAAGGGUGCCUUCUGGUCUGUAUGAAUGUCCCUAACUGUGAUUUCUUGGGAGCUGCAUGUCUUAAAUGUUUGUUGGAGAAACAUUUCUGAAGUAUUUAUAUUACACGAUUAUCAUGACCUAUUCAAGGUUAUUUGUAGGUUUAUUUUUAAACACUUUUGUUUUCUAAAAGAUUUGAAUUAUGUGUGACUUAUAAUAUUGGAAUUUAUGAUAAACUUUAAAUCCUGUUGCCUUAAA